CUGCCCGCCUGCCGGCUGGGGUUGAACGCUCCGAGGAGGACGCGGGAAGCCUGCCCAGCCUUUUCGCCCGGGGGAUGCCGGCGCUGGCCGAGAGGAUGACUUGAUGCUGGGCUUUGCCAUGGAUGGGAUGACAUGCUUCAUGGUUGCCUUGGUCACGCUGGUGCUCUGCUGCCCGGGUCCACCUUGGUGCAUUGCCCGCCGCCUGGUGCUUUGGACGGGGCUCCCGGUGCUGCUGCCGCUGCUGCUCUCCUUGCCGGCCUCUCUGGCUUCCCCAGGAGCAGAUGAAUUACAUUUGGAGCAGCAGAACAUUUCCUCACUUUUGCGGAGACAAAGCACUGUGAGCAGCGUCAUACGCACAGCCUUAACAACAAGCACAAUGGAUCCCAAGGCAAAUAGUGCGUUUCCUGAGGGGCUGUCAUCACCUGUAACUUCUCCUUCUGAGGUGACCUCAUUGGACCCUGAAGGAACAAGAAGCAUCUCAGAUGGACAGACUGUACCAGUGUUAGAUAUUUCACUAACAAGCAACGAGGCAGUCUUAAGUGAUGAUAGAUUUAUUAGCUCCUUUUCAAAUGCACAAUGGACUCCUUCAUUAAAGUCUUUUUCAGAGGACCAUCAUUCAGGUUCUUAUCCAGCUAAGCCAACAAAAGAAAAUUUGCAAGCUUUGUUGUUAGCACCUUCAUUACCUGUCCUCUCCUUACAGCCUGACUACAUGGAAACGCCGCAGGCAACUUUGCAAAGGACUGCAUCUGUCUCCCAUGUUUCUCCAUCACAUUCAAAUAUUUUUGACACACCAGGUGUAACUCUUACUCCAAGCAGAGACUUGCUCAUGCCUAUGACUAACAUAGAUAUUAUUUCCUUUAGUUCUGUAACAAGUAAGGUGGUAGAUGGAACUGCCAGAAAAGGAGCAGACAGCUUGCUCUUUUACACCAGUCCUGCAACACAUUUGUUUUUUGAUACUACUGCAGCAGGGUCACCCCAGUUUAUGAGACAGCUAGCUGAGCAUACCCAAAGUAUGCCCGACAAUUUGACAAAAAGUACUGAUAUAUACACAGAAGCCUACUAUAGUCUGAGCAGCAGUGUAACUGAAGCACUUAGUCAGUGGAGCUCUUCUGCUCUGAACUUUUCAAGGGAAGUUCCUGUUUGGACAAGUUACAUGGAGACUGUUGUAUCUUCAGCUCAUCUUCCAUUUGUUUUUCGACCUACAUCCUCGCUUACCAUUUUGGGAGAUAGUGUUUUUAAUGAGAAGUUGUUUGCACAUGGGCUUUCCCAUAUAUCUUCUAGCAGUACAAAAAAUGUUUUGCCUGACCAUUCAGAAAGACAAACUCAAGUUGAGUUCUUCAGUGUCAUCACAAGCCCAGUGCCUUUCACUAGACCAUACACUUCAUGUUCAUACUGUGACUUUAUUUCAGUUUCCUCAGAGCCAGUUUUUUCAGUGGGGCCAUCAGAAAGUGAUGUAGGUUCGGGCGACUAUGUUGAGACACUGUCAUUCUUCUCCUCUGAUGUAAGAGGAGUUACACCACUUACAUCAGCAGUCAGUGAUCUGUAUGAGGUGCAAGAGCCUCCUCUUGAAAUCUUUGAUACUAGCUUUCCCUCAAGACCUGUUGUUUCAUUCUCUUCAAGGUUUACAGAAAUCUCUACAUCAGCAGUUGUGGAUGCUAGCCUUAAAAACAUAUUUACAUCAUUUCCUGCUUCCUAUGGUCAGUCUUCUGAGGUUAUACCAUUAGAAAGUACUUCUGUCAUUUUAUCCUACUCUGUGACUGAAAUGAUUAUGUUAACACCUAGUAUUACUGAAGAACUACCCUUUUACAUUACUGCAGUUACUCUUGAGUCUCCCUUCACUGAAAAUGUGGUUACUUCAUCCAUGACAAUCAAUAAUUCAAGCCUACUCGAAACACCUGAAUUUAUGCCAUCAGAAUCCUCACUUUCCUUUGAUAAAACACUUGUGAGUUUCCCAACAGAAGAAUCUCCUGUCAGUACAUGGGAUAUUUUGUCCAGCUUUUCAUUAUUGCCUUUUUCUUCUGAGCAAAAUGGCUUGUCACCGUUGUCAUCUCCUACAGCCACAUCUUUAGUGAUAAUGCCAAGUGAUUUAUCAACAUUUUUACCUCAGCCUUCACCCACAUUCCUUCCAUCAUCUGUGCUUUUUGAUAGUUCUUCUAGCUGGGGAUCAGCUGAGUUCCCCAGUGUUAACAUCACAAGCAUGGAGGCUUCCCAGCAUCCUUUGUGGGAGACAUCAAUUUUUAAUUCAAACUCCUCUUUUGUUUCAGUCACACAGAGUCCUACAACAGUGCCAUCAAGUUUCUUUAUGAACUCCUCUGUGUUAUUGGAACCAACUUCAACCUUACUAAUGGAAUCUGGAAAUUACUUUACCUCAGAAGCUACCUCUCAGUUUGAGUUAUCAUCUUUAACCAUUGAUGCAACCAUUCCUACACUGGUGCUGUCCACUUCUGUCUCAGAGCCUGUUUUCACCAGCAAUAUCAUGGAGAAUGAAACACAUGUGACCUCAUGGCUCACCUCUUUACAGACAACCCCUGUAUUGACAUCUUCACUCCUUUUCUCUACUGUUAUCAUUGAGAAUGCUGGUGCUACUGCUAACAGUCCGGUUUCUUCUACCCUUGAGGCAGCUGCUACCACAGCAAUUUUUAUUAUGACCCCAAAUAUGCCAUCAUUGGCCACAGAUGUAAGCAGGAUUACACCUCCCCCUACUGAAUCAGUGGGCACUGUGUCGUCAUCUUUACCUACAGAGAUGCCUUCAUCUGUGAUUAUGACAACUGAGUCUGUCAUUCCAACAAGAACUAAUGUGAAUGAAUUUACCAGCAUGACAACCUUUACUGCCAUGACUCCUAGUAGCACAAAAGGUCUUUCUACAACUACCAGCAGUACAUCAAGUUCUACUUUGUUAUCUUCAACUUCUACAUUGAUCACCACUCCUCAAGUUACAGUGGCGACCACAACCAGACAACCCUAUGUUUGCGAUAUCACAGUUCCUGAUAAAUACAUAGUCACAGCAGUGCUGACCCGGAAAUCUGUCCUAGAAAACGUCAGUGAAUCCAUCAAAGAGAUCUUGAGAAUUGAGUUCAGGAGAUCAGUAGAAUUGGAGGUUUACAGACUUUCUCCAAAAUUCUCUUUUUUGGUGACCUCGGGUCCAUUUGUUUACACAGCAAUUGCUGUCAUAAAUGCUGUUGUGAACAGCAGCCUUCUUCGUCGUCCAAUGCCUCUAAUUUCAUCACUGCAACCUUCUUUCACAGUUCCAGACUGCAGAUUCCAUGUACAGACUGUGCUUCAGUUCGUGCCUCAAAACAUUGACAUUCGCUUCUGUAACUUCAGCCAGCGUAUUGAAAAAGGGCUGACUAUUGCAUUUGGGGAAGUGAGGAAGCAUCAUCUGGACAUAUCUAACUUCUCUGUGCAGAUACUGAAUAUAACCCUGGGUAGGUCUAGAGCAAUAUAUCGUCAAGGCCCUGUGAAAAUUGUAUUUGCUGUUCAAGAAAAACGGGGAUUCUUGAAUGGGUCUGAAGUCAGUGAAUGGCUAAGGAACCUGUCUGUGGUGGAGUUCAGUUUCUACUUGGGCUUUCCUGUACAGCAAAUUGCAGAACCUGUUUAUUAUCCUCAACUGAACACAUCUAACUUGAUGAAAUCUUCCUGGGUGCGAACAGUUGUUUUGGGUGUUGUCAACAAGAAGAUUCAAGACGAUCUAUUCCAGGCUGACAUGGAGAGAAAACUAGCCCAGUUAUUAAAUGAGGCUUUGGGCAGAGGGCGAAUAUGGAAAAGGGCAACUUUUGCUGGGAACAAUGUCGUGCAGAUUGUGAAUGUGUCACAAAUAGAGGACAUUGACAACCCAGUCAUGCUGGUUUAUUUUGUGGAGAAUCAAGAUGGUGAAAGACUCAGUGCUGUGAAGACAUCUGAUCUGAUUAACAGAGUGGAUAUCCAAAGAGCUGCUAUCGUCCUAGGAUACCGCAUUCGAGGCCCAGUGGCACAGCCUGUGGAAAGAAUGAAAGAGUCACCUCCAGAAUCUCAGAACAAUCUAUGGAUUAUUGUUGGGGUUGCAGUCCCUGUGGCUGUGGUGUUGCUCAUCAUCAUCAUUUUAUACUGGAAGCUCUGCCGCAGUGACAAGUUGGAGUUCCAGCCAGACACCAUGAGCAACCUUCAGCAACGUCAAAAGUUGCAAGCCCCCAGUGUGAAGGGUUUUGAUUUUGCAAAGCAGCAUUUAGGCCAACACAACAAAGACGACAUCCUGAUCAUACAUGAGCCAACUCCUCUUCCGGGACCAAUGAAGGACACUACCCCUUCUGAAAACGGUGACCUGCCAAGCCCCAAGACCAAGAGCUCUUCAAAGCCAUCCAAGAAUGUCCGACACAGAGGGAGAGUUUCCCCCUCUGAUGCUGACUCUACUGCAAGUGACCAGUCUAGUGGGCGUGAAACAGGAGAAGAAACUACCAGGCCGCAGAAUGCAGUCAAUGAGGCCAAACUGCACAGAGGUGGCAAAACUGGAGUAAACAGAGUUGGCCCUCCACAGUUGGUUAAUGGAACAGAGCAGCACUCCUCGGCCUCCAUCUUUGAGCAUGUGGACCGAAUGUCACGAUCCUCAGAAGUCAGCAGGAGAGUCCCCAACAAGAUACAGUUGAUUGCCAUGCAGCCUAUUGCAGCACCUCCAGUUCAGAACCAACCACUUUCUGACCGAGUAGCAGAGACCAACAAAAUUAACAAGGAGAUCCAAACAGCCCUGAGGCAUAAAUCUGAAAUAGAGCAUCACCGCAACAAGAUCCGACUUCGAGCAAAACGCAAAGGACACUAUGAGUUUCCAAUCGUGGACGACAUGAUUAUCAUCGACACCAAAGAGCAGCAGAGAAUGUACCGCAAGGCACAGAUGCAGAUAGACAAAAUCUUGGACCCCGGGGGCAAUAUGCCGACUGUCUUCAUAGAACCCAGGAAGAGUUCACGGGCUAAACGUUCCCCAAGGCAGCGCCGGAGACAUCAACUAAAUGGGAGCCCGAUGGAUGCAGACAAGGACAGACUGAUCACUACUGACAGUGAUGGGACCUACAAGAGGCCUCCAGGAGUUAACAACUCUGCAUACAUUUCUGAUCCCGAUCUUCCUGCUGAACCCCAAACACCUUCGUCGACUGAGCUGGGAAAAUACUCAGGCCUGCCCCCACACCCUUCUCAGUAUACGCCCCCUCAGCCCUCCAUUGAAGAGGCCCGGCAGACAAUGCAUUCUCUCUUGGACGAUGCCUUUGCCCUGGUGGCCCCCAGUAGCCAAACGACCAGUUCCGCUGCCAUCACACACCCCGGAGGCUCAGGGGGACAGCCAACAAACAACACACCUGUUCGAGCAGCAAGAGAGACCUCAGGCAGCCAGUGGGGAUCUCCAUAUGGCCCGACACACACACGAUACAUGGAAUUUGGGAUGACUCCUCCAACAGCACCAGGCCUGCUGCAAAGGCAAAAUGUUGGCUCAGGUUUUCUUCCUCCUGUUGAAUUAAUACAUCCGGAUCAGCAGGCAUCUGAUGUGCAGUAUUCCAGCAGAGGGAUCUACUCAGAGGAAAUGCCAUCAGUAGCACGGCCACGACCAGUUGGAAGCACUGCAGGUUCUCAGAUACAGCACCUUACUCAGGUGGGAAUUGCUAGCAGGAUCGGAGGUCAACAAGUGGAGAUCCCCUCAGGCAGAGCAGGGCAUGGCCAGCCGGGGGAACCAGGGUGGCCCCCGUAUCGUGGAGAGGAUGAAUAUGCUAGGAGAGAUGCAACGCAUACGCCUGGACAUCAAGAAUAUUCCUCCUCACCAGUAUUCCAGAUGCCGAGGACUUCGGCCCGACAACCCUCAGCGCCACCUGUUCAGCUUCCACCCAGCAACCCCCCCGGCCUGGGACUCUGCUACAGCACCAGCUCCACUGAGGACCUGCAGCCAGGCCACUCUUCAGCCUCUCUCAUCAAAGCAAUCCGAGAGGAACUCCUUCGGCUCUCUCAGAAACAGACAGUGGUGCAGAAUUUCCACAGCUGAUUUUCUGUGCCCCUUGCAAAAUCUGCCAGGUAUCCGCUUCCUGUGGAAGCAAGACUUGGAAAAGAAGUCAGCAAGAGCAGAAGAGUGAGCCCCAAAAGAACUUGGCAGCAGCAAGAGAGGAACAUGCGGGAGAUCUGGGAAGGCAUAGCAAGAAUUGACACGAAACUCUUAACUUUUUUGCUUUUAGCAUCUUAGCCACUCUGAGUCUGUUUUGGCUGGGACUGUUCAGUUUCGUGAAAGUUUCAGCCCAAAACCUAAACACUUCAAAGAAAGGAAUCCCUCCCUUAAGAUGACAAUCCACUCCAGCACGAGAUUCCUGGUUUGGGGAAGCAAAGCAAUGUUUGUAGUCUGGAAUAUUCCCUGACAUUCCUAGGUGGGUUAUGUGUGCUGCUGACAUGUUCUUGUUUCAUUUUCUAAUCACACGAGCAUCAGUAUUGGUCCUGUGCAAGAAUUUACUUAAUGAAACCCUCUGUAAGACUCCACAGAUGCAGGACUCAGAGCGGCUCGUUAACAAACUGGGACAAUAAUCAAUUGUUGUUCGGUAUAGCUCUGUGCUUCCAAAAGGAGCACUCUUCCUCGUCGUUCUUCUGGUGCUGAAGCUUCAAAGUGUCCCUUCAUCCCGUUGUUUGCAAAGUGGAAAUGAUGGCCUUUUAAAAACAUUAAACCAAGGAUAUGAUCGUUAGAUUCAUUUAGGCUGGAGCAACCAGGUGUCCUUUUUUAUACACAAAAAGAGAAGGAGAAAGCAAAUAAUUUUUUGGUAUUGAUAACUUACUUGUGGAUUAGCAGUGGUAGGACUGAAAAAUGGACGGGAGUUUGCAGGGCAGUUUUGCAAGUGACACAGAAUACACUGUUAAAUUUUAUACAUGAUGUCAUCAAGAUGUUUCCAUUAUUUUGCAAGAGCAGUUUGCAGUAAUGUGUAGGGGUGUGAUGGAAACAUGGUAAAUAAGUUCAGGGUUUUGUGGGCUGCUGGCCAAAAUGGCGUCCAUGGAGCCCCCAAUUUUGCCUUUCCAUUUCUAUGCCCCUUUCUCUCCCUGCAAUAGUCCCCUUUAAGGCAAUAAGAAAAGGGAAAGGAACGUCCAGCCCUUUGCCAAUUUGAGUGAGCCCCUCUUGCCUCUCAAACCCUAGGGUCAAACCUAGAUGACUUCCACAGUAAAUACAAUGAGCAUAUUUCAUUGAAGCAUUUAUGUGCUUCUAAUUCCCAUAUUAAACAAGUCAAUUGUUUAUGCAAAACUCACCAUCUGUUAGAUCAGAGAGGCUGCAUAUCUCAGGAGGGCCUUAAAGACUAACAAAAUGUGUAACGGGGCACGAAUUUUGUGAGUCACUGCUCAGUAUCUGAAGAAGCUCAUGAAAGCUCAUACCCUGCCACAAAUGUUUAGUCUUUAAGGUAUUACUGGACUCUUGCUCUUUUUUGCUGCUACAGAUUAACAUGGCUACACAACUUGAUCUGUUAGGAGGGCCUCUUCAUGAAGGCAUUUGUUCACAGGUGAGUGAAACAGCUACCAAGCACUAGGUGUCAAAUGCAAGUUUCUCAUUGGAGCAUCUGUCAAGUGUUAAAACAAUUGUUUAGCUUCUGAAAUAGCAGCUUGGGGUUUCAGUCUUAUUAGUGGACCUGUAUGACCCUAUUUACCUCACUCUGCUGGAUUCUUAUUUUUUUCUAAGGAUAGGGAAAUAUAUUUUAAAUAGACACUGUGUUUUAGAUACUCCCUUAAUAAUAGGUGUACAUUUAAGAAAGAUUAAUAAUGUAUGAAUUGGACCUUAGAGGCAUUCUUAACAUCACUUGUGCAAACUCCCUUUAGUGAAGGAGCCUGGAAGGCUAGGGGUGGUAAUGUUCAGCUUUCUAUUAAUUUGCCAAAGGUCAUAAAUAUAGAUGUGCUACCAAAUUAAAAAAAAAAAAAGGCAAGGUGGUAAGAUGAAAUCAGAUGAGUGAAGAAAGCCAUCCUGGGCGAUACCAUGUCACCAGCACUAGCCUAUCGUAAACUACUCUUUGCAUUUGAUUCUUGAUAAAUCCUCCAAAAAAGAAAGUAAAAUUUGUGGGGAAAAGACAACUUUAGAAUAAAAGCUUAGAUUUCACCAUUAGAGGCAGUUACUGGAUUUAUAUGUGUUCCUACUGAUAUGAUGGCAGUACCUGCCACUCAGGCAUCUGUCACUUGGGGGUUUUUUUUACAGCAUUUUGAUUUUACUGUUAGUGGUGAGGUGUAAUUUACUGUCAUAUGGCCAUUGCUUAAUUGUAACCUGCAUACUACGACUGAAAAUUCUAACUAAAUUAUUUGUUGGAGUGUAUUUUUUUUUGUUUUGUUUUUAACAUAGACUAAAUUAAAGCUGGAGCAGUGGCACAAAGGAAA